GUGUCAUCGCCGCAACAUUACAGGAAUCGCAGCUCUUCCCAUGGCUGGGGAGUGAGGCCUUUAUAAAGGGAGCAAGCCCGCCUUCCCUCCCAGUCUCCGCGCCGCGAAGCCAUGAGGAUCCGCUGCCUCCUCUUCGCCCUGCUCUUCCUGUUCUUGCUGCCUGUUCCAGGUAAUGGACGCAUCAUAAACAAGUUACAGAAGUAUUAUUGCAAAGUCAGAAGCGGCCGCUGUGCUGUGCUUGGCUGCCUCCCAAAGGAGGAACAGAUAGGCCGCUGCUCUCUGAGUGGCCGAAAAUGCUGCCGCAAGAAGAAGUGAAAAGCCCAGACUCACAGUGACAGUGUCGCAAAGUGUGAAGAUGCCUGCUUGACGUUUAUAGAAGCCAAGUCAAAUUAAAUAUUUCUUCCAGAAAAG